UUAUAGAAGUAGCAAAAGUAUGAGAAAAUUAGAAAUCGCAAGACCCUUGGGAAACGAGAAAGAAUGUAACACUUAAUUUGUCACGUUGACCGAGUGGCUAAGCACACUUUUGUACACUUCGUCACCGCUUAUUUAGCUUGCUUUUUUCUGUUGUGCAUCUUAGUGAUAUUUUUUUUCUACAGUUACAGCCCAACAAUUACUGCACGUUUUAUGAUGACCAAAGGCAGAAUUGGUCCCUCAUGUUUGAAUCUGAGAAAUCGUCAACUGACUUCUGUAAAGAGGUGUGUUUGGCAAAGGCAAACAGCUGCGACGUUUUAGAUGCAGUGGUGACUCAGGAUCUAAGUCUCGGGGAAGGCCAGGCAGUACAAUACGGUGACUCUUUGGAGGUGACGUACAGAGGCUGGCUCUUGCAGAACCACACAAUUGGACAGAUGUUCGACUCCAACCAAAAGAAAGACAAGUUGUUACGGCUGAAAAUUGGAGCUGGAAAAGUAAUUCAAGGAUGGGAGAACGGGCUGCUGGGGAUAAGAAAGGCUGGCUGUCGUCUUAUUGUUGUCCCACCGAACCUUGCUUAUGGAGCUAAAGGUGUGCCUGACUGUGUUCCAGCUAACAGCACUCUUAUUUUUGAAGCAGCACUAAAACGGGUGAAAUUUUCCAAAGACUAUGGCUCUAAUCAGGCCACUGCCAGUUCCAGAGAUUCUGGUACUCCCUCCCCUGCCCCUAGUGUUGAGAUUCUGACCCCAGACCCACCAGUACAAACAACUGCAUUGGAUUCAGGCAAAAAAGGGGAGACACCUUCAAAUUCUCUUCGUGAACAGCUUAUAACUACAGAUUCCACAAAGGCCAAGCUGAUAUCUCGUAUGGCAAAGAUGGGCCAGCCCAUGUUACCCUUUCUAACAUGCCAGCCUGAGUCCAGUGACUCAGAGUUGGAGGAUACCACCACCGGUAGAGCCAAGGAUCUGCUUGUUGCACAGUCUUGUGUGCAGAUCUCCUCGACUGCCCCACUUCAAGCACAUGUGCUUCCACAUCCUUACCCUGCUCUUUCUACUAAUGUACUUCCCAACCUUACCAAUUUUGCUGCUCAGCCUGGUUUGCUAGGUAACACACACAGUUUUCAGACUUAUGUUCCUACAACUCAGCUCCAGUCUGUUGGCCAAGUUUAUCCUGCACGUGUCCCUUAUAUUGUGGGAAAAUGUCCUCCAGGCUCCAGUGACAUGACUUCCUUCUUGAUGAUUGACGCCCGACAGCAAAACACCGAGAUCCGGUUAGCUGUCGGAAAAGUAGCAGACAAAGUUGAUCAACUUGCAUCUAAGAUAGACGACUUUCAAAGGCAGGGAACUGUCUCCUUGGGCCUGUCCGGUAUAUCGAUGGAGUCCUCCAUGAUCAUGCAAAACGUCCAAAGAAUUAUCCAGGAAAAUGAAUGUUUAAAGAAGGAAAUAUUUGAGAAAAGCUCUCGUAUUGAGGAACAAAACCGUAACAUAAGUGAACUAUUCAACCAAAGCCAAAGGUAUAUGGAACAGAGCAACACCCUUUUGGAAAAGAGAAAUGACUCCCUGAAGGCCUCGAGCGGACAGAGUGAGGCCAGACAACUGCAGGCUGAACAAGACAAGAUUCAGUUGAGAGAAGAACUGGCAUCAACCACAGCCCAGCUUUCUCAAGUAAAACUAGAGACUUUGGCUCAUCAGCAGAAGGUUUUGGAGCUGCAGACUAAACUGAGCACAAGCCUGCUCAACUGUGAACACUGCUCUAAGCACAUCCAUGAGCUGCAAUCACAACUGGAAGAGCUGAAGGAAGUAUCAGAAAGAGCCCAGGUACAGUACCGUGCAGAGAUGCAAAGGCGCAAGGAGAUUGAGCAAAAGCUCAAAAACAUGGAGGAGGAAGUUAAUGACCUGAGGAGGAAUCAAAAUGGUCUCAAACAAGUUAAGCGUGUGAUGAAUGAUGUGUUUCAUUCGUUACGAGGAGAGUUUGACCUCAGUGAAUCUUACAGUGGCCGUACUGUGCUUGGUGUGCUUGUAAAUACUAUUAAGUCUGACUGGGGACUCACUAAUGGAAAACGGAGAGACCAUUUUCCAAAACAGCAGCAUUGACAAAUCUGCUUCGUAUCCAGUUUUGGAGGAGGAGGAGGAUGAGCUGAGCCUGAAGGGAUGUCCACCACCAGCUCCACUGUUGAGUGAUGACAAUAAUGAUGAUCAUGACUGGCUGAAUUAAAUGCAACGAAAACUAAAGUUAAGCACAUCACAGACCCUGCCUGCCUCGACUUAUGACUUCUGAGUCAUCAUAAUGUUGACAAUGGCUGCCCCAGCACACUGGAAAAAUAAAUGAACUAUUAAGAUUAAGAUACUGUGGAUAUAAAAAGCCUACACACCAAAGUUAAAAUGACCAUUUUUUUCCUGAUAUAAUGAAUGAUUAAUAAUUGCUAAACUAUCCACCAUUAAUGACUUAUAACCUGUGCAGCUCUAUUUUUUUUUUUCAUGUAAAAAAAAAAAAAAUAAAAAAAUGUGGUUGCACAAGUCUGGACAGACUCAUAACUGGGAUGUCUCUCCAAAAGGUGGAAAGGCUACUAGAACAACAGAAAUUAAUUUGGAGAUUAUCAGAGGCACUUUUAAUGUAGGCAUGUGUGUGCUGACUCCCAUUUAACAUGGUUUUGAAUGUGAUUGGUUGAUUCAGAACACUGCCACAUCCCAGUAAUAAGAGGGUGUGCACACUUGUGCAACCACAUUCGAGUUAUUUUUACCUCUCCUCUCAAGAUGUUUUUUUUUUUUUUAAUCGAGUUGUACAAGUUAUAGGUCACAUUAUUGAUGGAUAUUUUUUUUUAAUGAUUUAUCUUGGUCUCAUUUUUUUACAUCACAAAAACCUGGCAUUUGAACAGGGUAAGGAGCCGUACUCUGUUUUACUCAAGCACGUUAGGUUUUUGAGUCAGUAGCUUUCCUGUUGUCAUACACUUCAAAUAAUCACGUUAGUUUUAAACCGUUACCAUGAAAAAAUGCUUAAGAACAUACUUUUACACAGUUUUGCUAACAGGAAUCCUACAAAAAUAAAGAAGAAAACCCUUU